AUGGCAUCUUAAAUUCUUCUAUAAAAUUUACUUGGAAACGAAUACAAUUUUCAAGAAAUCAUCAAAGCCUUGAAGAAAAACGAAACUGACAGAUCUGAUGAAGACAUAAAGCUGCUCUCUCAAAUAACAUAAGUAUUUUUCAAAGAUAAGGGUGAGACAGAGAUAAUGGAAAUAACUAAGCAACUUCAUUUCGAACACUUUCUUAAAGAUGAUGUAGUUUUUGAGUUCGGAAGUCAAGGAGACAAAUACUAUCUUCUUAUCAGAGGUGAAGUAGGGGUAAUGGUGCCUUGUGCAAUUAACCGAAAUAAAAGCAUUGCUUCAGCAUCAGGUGAAUUUAACAAAUUGUUCAACACUGAAUUAUGCCAAUUUAAGGAGCUAGAUGUAAUCUAAGAAAGUGAAGAUGUAGUUUCUCCUCCUCAGGGAAAUAUGGCAGAUAUAAAUGAAUAAAGAGCACUGUUGAAUUCUUAGAGAUCCAAUAAGAAGAGUCAAUUAAAUCUAAACAUCAACGUAAAUUAAGUCCAAGCUGAGCAAGUUCAAGUCCUUCUUGAGAGAAAAAAAUCAAUAGUUCCUAUUCCCAGAGGCAGUACGCUUCGCCCCGCUAAUGUUCGACUCAACUAGAAUGCCUAAGGUAUAUUUAAGCAUCAUGGCAAACUUCAUCUUAUAUCUAAAACAAAUCCUUUCAAAACUGCAUUUGAGGAAACAUUCGUAUUCAGAAGUGGUUAAUCUUUUGGUGAAUUAGCCCUUAUGCAAAACAAGCCAAGGUCAGCUACGAUCUUAUGUUUAACUGAUUGUUACCUUGCUUCUUUGAAUAAAGUUUCAUUCUAGAAUGCUAUUUAAAAGGGUAUGUAAAGAGCAUUAAAUGAUAACAUAGAGUUCCUUAAAACGAUUCCAUUUUUUUAAGGCUGGACUAAAAAUUCACUAACCAAAUUUCUUCUUCACAGCGUUGAAAUUCAAAAAACUGUAAGAAACUAAGUAAUCUGCAGAGAAGGUGAGAAUUUGAACUACGUCUACUUUGUGAAAUCAGGGGAGUUCAAAGCAAUAUAGAAAGGAGAGAUUGUUGAGGAGAAAGAUGAUUUCAUUAGAAUGAGAGUCUCCCACAAAAACCAGCCUAAAUCUGAAUCUAGUAGUUCAACUAGAAUAGUUGAUCCAUAUAAAAUGAAUCAAAUAUCAAAUGCAAGAUAGCUCUAAAAUUAAGUUAAGCUCAAUGUUAACAAUGAUAUUUGCAGAUAUGGAGUUGGUCAAAUAUUUGGAGAGAUGGAAUUCCUGAACAAGGAUAAAUCAAUUCUGACUGUUUAAUGUGAUACUUAGUAAGGAGAACUCAUUUGUGUUAAGCUCAGUGAAUUUCAGAAAAAAGUAAAGCCUAACGAUUCAGGCUUUAAAAUGGAAUAAAAUAAGAAUAUACUGGUGAAUCGUGGAGAAUAGGAUUAUAGAGAAACAUUAACUGAAAUUGUAAAAAGAUAUCCUUUUAUUGAGAGAUAGAAGAUCAAGAUAUUUGAAAUUGAAAAGUAACAGCAAGAAUAUUUUGUCGAGCAGAAGAAGGCUCAGUUGAAUCAGAGUGUAAAUACUGCUCCUACGAAUAAACAUAAGAAGUUAAGAAAAGACAUGAAUAAGACACACUUAUCAAAUUAAAUAACUUAAGAUUUGAUAGACUAUGACAAAAUAGCAGAAGCAAACUAAUGCAAAUUUGACGAUAAUCCUACUCAUAAAAGUUAAAUUUAAGUACCUAAAGCACCAAGAGCUACAACUAUGGCGAGACAUAUGCAAGAAGUCUAAAACUCACCUGAUUAGUUAAAAUCAAGCACAAAUUUAUUGGCUAAGCCUAUUUGGAUUACCAGAAAAACACUAAAGGCAUGCUUCUCAGAUAGGAGAGCUCCGACUUUAGAAUCUAUAGUUUAUGAUUAACUUAAAAAGGAGAAGAAAUGCUAUAUGAGCUCAAAACUAGACACAGCUGUACUUGAUUAGUUUACUUCAAGGAAUUAGCAAGAUGAAAACUUGAGAACUGACAAACAAGAAUUUUAUCUCAAUCAUAGUUUAGUUACCGUAAAAGUGAGACUUAAAUGUCUUUACCCAUGGAACAAUAAGUAGGUCUGCCUAAACUUCAUUUAUAGAAAUAAAUUCUUAAUACUACUCAGGACAUUUUAAUCAGCAAUAUGUCAAGAUACAGAUCUUAGAACAGUUCUCCAAAAAAUAGCUAGAUGA